GAAUUGGACCCGGCCUAAAUUAACGUAGUCUACAUACCUUUAGCGACAUGUGCUAAUUGUACCUUAACGGCAAAAGGCGGCGGUUGCGGCGGCGAUUGGUUGCGUGACCGUCCCCGUUGCCUGUUCAUCGUCGGAUCGGCCUGUUUCCGCCGUUUCUCUGUCGCACCAUCUACUGAAAGCUUUUAAUGGCAACCAAAACCAUAAACCUCAACACCGAAGACAUUGAAGACGACUGUCUCUGCUCGGAGAUCACUACAACUUGCUCUUUUUCUUUGGAACAGAAGGAUGUAGAAGAGACACAGUCGUUGUCUCUGAAUCGUCCAAAUGGAUACUUGAAAGGGGAGUCGCGGAUAGAGAGAGCGUGGUCUCAUUGGAAGAAGCUAGGCGAGCCCAAACUUAUAGUGGCACCAAUGGUUGACAACUCAGAGCUUCCUUUCCGUCUUCUAUGUCGAAAAUAUGGUGCAGAAGCGGCUUAUACUCCUAUGCUUCACUCGCGUUUGUUCAAUGAAGAUGAGAAGUAUCGGGCUAUGGAAUUUUCCACUUGCAAGGAGGACCGUCCACUUUUUGUUCAAUUCUGCGCAAACAAUCCAGACACUUUGUUGGAAGCAGCUCGAAAAGUCGAACCCUAUUGUGACUAUGUGGACAUCAACUUUGGGUGUCCUCAGCGGAUUGCAAAACGCGGGAAUUAUGGAGCUUUCCUCAUGGAUAACCUCUCUCUGGUCAAGUCUCUGGUAGAAAAGUUGGCAAACAAUCUUAAUGUUCCGGUAUCAUGCAAAAUUCGAAUUUUCCCUAAUUUGCAAGAUACACUUAGUUAUGCAAAGAUGUUGGAGGAUGCAGGUUGUUCUCUUCUAGCAGUGCAUGGGCGAACCAGGGAUGAAAAAGAUGGGAAGAAAUUCAGAGCCAAUUGGGAGGCCAUCAAGGCUGUCAGAAAUGUUGUUAGAAUUCCUGUCCUGGCAAAUGGUAAUAUAAGACACAUCGAUGAUGUAUACAGUUGCUUGGAAGAAACUGGUACGGAUGGGGUACUUUCAGCAGAUCCUCUUCUUGAGAAUCCAGCCCUCUUUGCUGGAUAUCGAACUGCUGAAUGGGGAUUGGGUGUUGCAGGAAUGAAGGAAGACGAUAAGCUAGAUCAGGCUGAGUUACUGAUAGAAUAUUUAAGGUUUUGUGAGCGAUAUCCAGUGCCUUGGAGAAUCAUCCGUUCUCAUGUACACAAGUUGUUGGGAGAGUGGUUUAGGAUCCAGCCAAGUGUGCGAGAGGAUUUUAACAAACAAUACAAACUCACCUUUGAAUUUCUUUAUGAUUUAGUGAACCGAUUAAAGGAACUUGGGGUGAGAAUACCACUUUAUGUGAAGGAUACUGAGCAGGCAGUAUCUGCAAAUUGACUUGUUGCUCAAGUUCUUUUCUAAUCAGAAAGAUGGAGCCAGCUAUGGUGAAUCACCAGGUUAGUUUUCUCACUCAAGCUCGUGCUUGAAAAAUGUUGUAUGCUCACUUAUGUUGGUCAGAGUAGGUUCAGGGUUAAACGUAUCUCAGCCUUUUACCUCAUGUUUUGUAUAAUUAUAUACUGACAUUUUUCUUGUAUCAUUGAGAUAAUUUAUACACUUUUUUUUUCCGUA